UACCACCGGGCCGGCGGGCAGGGGAUCGGCGUCUACCCAGGCGAUCGCACCCAGCCCUGUGCCACCGCCCCCUCGGCAACAGGGCCGCCCGCAAACAUGGCUCAGUGACUUGGACAAAAGGCGCUGCCUGCCUACCGGCGGGGCGCACCCCAAACCUGCCAGCUCAGGCCGCUACAGAACUCCGCGUCCCGCAGUCACCCCAGGCCGGCGCGGACGAAGAUGCACCAAGCAUCUCGAACCAGAGGCCCCCGCACGCCAGCCCGCGUCUCGAAACCUCGAUCUUGAAGAUGGUGAGUAGCCAGCCAAAGUACGAUCUAAUACGGGAGGUAGGCCGAGGCAGUUACGGUGUUGUGUAUGAAGCCAUCAUCAGAAAGACUUCUGCACGGGUUGCAGUGAAGAAAAUUCGAUGCCACGCACCUGAAAAUGUAGAACUAGCCCUUCGUGAGUUUUGGGCACUAAGCAGUAUCAAGAGCCAACAUCCAAAUGUGAUUCAUUUGGAAGAAUGCAUCCUACAAAAAGAUGGGAUGGUGCAAAAGAUGUCCCACGGCUCUAAUUCUUCCCUUUACUUACAGCUUGUAGAGACUUCGUUAAAAGGAGAAAUUGCCUUUGAUCCCAGAAGCGCCUAUUAUUUGUGGUUUGUAAUGGAUUUUUGUGACGGAGGAGAUAUGAAUGAAUAUCUGCUAUCCCGAAAACCCAAUCGUAAAACUAACACCAGCUUCAUGCUUCAGCUGAGCAGUGCCCUGGCUUUCUUGCAUAAAAAUCAGAUCAUCCACCGAGAUCUGAAGCCUGAUAACAUCCUGAUUUCUCAAAGCAGGUUGGAUACAAGUGACUUGGAACCCACCUUGAAAGUGGCUGAUUUUGGUCUAAGUAAAGUUUGUUCAGCCUCUGGGCAGAACCCAGAAGAACCUGUCAGUGUAAACAAGUGUUUCCUUUCCACCGCAUGUGGAACUGAUUUCUACAUGGCUCCUGAAGUGUGGGAAGGGCACUAUACAGCAAAAGCUGACAUAUUUGCUCUGGGGAUCAUUAUCUGGGCAAUGCUGGAAAGGAUCACAUUCAUAGACACAGAGACAAAGAAGGAACUCUUGGGGAGUUAUGUAAAACAAGGAACUGAGAUUGUGCCUGUUGGGGAGGCACUUUUGGAAAAUCCCAAAAUGGAACUUCUCAUUCCUGUGAAAAAAAAGUCUAUGAAUGGGCGAAUGAAACAACUGAUUAAGGAAAUGCUGGCUGCAAACCCUCAGGAUCGCCCAGAUGCUUUUGAAUUAGAACUCAGAUUAGUACAAAUUGCAUUUAAAGAUAGCAGCUGGGAAACGUGACAUAUUAUUUGCAAAUAUCUUGGAUGAUAUGCUGCUUCUCAUUUAACAGUGAUGCAACGUUAUAUGGCUGAAAAAGAAUACAAAAAACUAAUUCCACAUUCUAAGGGUUUAGAUUUUAUUGUGGGAUGUUUUGUUGUUUUUUUUUCCUUUCUGAAUUCAAGCCAGCCAUUUAAUUAGUAUGUUUUAAAUGUGUAUUACCAAUUUUAACAGAUCUGACGGAGGGGAUUGAGUUGCUGGAAGUAAGAAAAAAGCACUUCGAUGUCAUGAAUAGCGCGGCACCUCAG